AUGGCCACUACCAGCCCAACUUUCCUUCGCCUUUGGCGGGACGAUGGAUUACGAAAAAGCCUGCUCUCACAUCUGGACACUGCCUCCACCUGUGCCCUGCGCCUCACAAGUUCAGAAUGUUGCGACCUCACAACUCCAGACCUGUUUGCCCGAACCCGCUUGACCUUCACCCCAAGUUCUCUCACUCGUCCAUCUAGACUCGAAGCACUGUCUCGAAUAGGUCGCCAUGUCGAACACCUCACAUUUUCCAUGCCACAUAGCCCGGCAACUUUUCUACCACCUCUCAUAAAUCCCAAGACCGGGCGGGAAAUCAACUUCCUCUAUACCCCUCACACUUCGGCGGAGUCAGUCUGCCAAAGGCCUAAGUACGGGUCGCCAGAGUUAGCUGACCUCCUGACACAACAAUAUCCUCCAAUCUUCCAUGCCGCCACCAACGUGCCAGCAUUCGUCAAGGCAAUGACAUAUAUGCCUAACAUCCGACAUCUUACUAUCUCUUGUCCUGAUCAGGAUCCAGCUCAACGCUAUCGUCGAGAUGCGGUCGAUUACGCCCUCAUCAGCUUGCGAAUUGCCAUUGAGCGGGCGCCGAUUGAAAGGCUUGAGAGGCUCUCUCUCAGCCGCAUACAUCCUUCUGGACUUGUGUAUCUCCGCCAUAUGCCAGGCUUUGGAUGCACACCAUCAGCUGGGCGAAGGUGGAAGCAGAUCAAGAAACUCAGCAUCAGCAUGGACACCUGGGACUUCCAAGGAUCAAGGCCUGGUCGUGACCACUUGAAGAUCCUCGAUGAUUACAUUCGAGCCUUCUCGUCCACCCUCGAGAAGGUGAGUUUCGGAUGGAGUGGGAGAAGAGGUCCCUGCCCCUUUACGCUCUUCGCCGACCCUCUCUUCGCUUCUCCAAAGUCGUCCACGAAGCUCUUCGCGGAGGUCACUUCGCCAAUGUCGCCACUGCCAGCUGCGCCCCUGCGGCCAGCAAUCACUUUUCCGAAGCUUCGCUACAUGCAGAUUCGAAACUCAACAAUGUCCGCUGAACAAGUCUCUGAUUUUAUACUUAGACAUCGUCACACCGUAAGAGAAUUCGACUUCGAGAACGUGGCUCUCAUCAACGGCGGUGUUUGGGAAGAUGCCCUUUCGCCUCUGACGAGAAGUAGUGGCAGUGACGAGUGGUUGUCGCAGCAUAGUGGGUCCGAGUCAGGCAGUUCAAGACGCUUUCAGAGUCAGGACUACCUAAACCAGCUCGUUGACUUUGAUGAAGUCAUCGAAACAAGCGGCCAGUUGCAACCUGAGGUCUCGCGGACAUCUGUUCUACUUCAAAAGAAGAGAGUGCAUCGAAGGCGAAGACGCAAGCACAGGCACAAGGAAUCCUCUGGAAAGCUAGUCAUAUCGAGUCCGAUUCCUAUCACUGGACCUAUCGAGGAGGUCCUGAUGCCUACAACGUUCAAUCCAAAUGUACAAGGCGUCCAGCGAAAUGCUGAGAUGGAGGCAGCACAGCAAGAGCUGGCCGAUGACCCCGACAAGAGAGUGUCGGCGCUGAAGAAGGCGAAAGAGGCCGUAUUGAAGCAACUAGGCAAGGAAUAUUGUAAAAACCAGGAUAGGAAGGAACACGUCAGAGGAUUCUUCAAGAAUACAUGUUCGGCUGGGAGAAAGGGUAGGGCGCUGAUAGGACACGAAAGUACAGCUCUUGUUCCCUUGAUGUUUAGUCGAUGCUAG